CAGGAAGUCAGUGGGACCAAAUUAUACUGGAUCAGACUGGACGAGGUGUCGUGCACUCAAGUUGCUUGGUCAGUCGAGGUCAGACUCAUCUGGACGGACUUUGCAUUGCGCGUCAUUGAACCACAUUCCGGUCUUUUGGCACUUCCAGUCACUGGGAUGGCUGCCAUUGAAGCAGCCCGGAUGCGCCGCCGGAGUUGUUGCUCCAGGUGCAGCAUGAGAUGCUCCGGCUGAUCCAAGCGAACGCAGAGGUGCUGGCUCGGAGCUGUGCAGAAACCUGUGUGCAGCAGGUUUGGGCAGCUUCGCUACAGGCAGCGCUGCACUAUGGAGAUACGACAAGAUCACGGAGAAAUGAUGAAGCCAGAGAAUAUUUUGGAGCUACUUUCUUACAACUGGUGCGAUCUGAUGGAAAGCAGCUUGAAGACACAGACCUGCUUGGAGAAAGCCUCGUGCAUGGCGACGUCGUAGCUGCCAUCAUCCAGGAGCCGAAGUUGGCGGCCACCGAUGGUGCAUUUGCUUUGUGGUCCAGCAGUGGCGUCAUCACUUGGGGUCAUGCGGAGGAGGGCGGUGACAGCAGCAAGGUGCAAGAUCAACUGAAAGCUGUGCAGGACAUCCAGGCCUCACGCUUGGCCUUCGCUGCCCUGUUGGACGGUGGGUCUGUGGUCACGUGGGGCGACCCGAAGGCAGGCGGUGACAGUACGGAGGUCCAAGAUGCACUGAAAUGUGUUCAACACAUCACCGCUGCCGCCCUGGGCGCUUUUGCUGCCAUAUUAUUUGAUGGAUCUGUCAUCACGUGGGGACGUAAGGAGAUGGGUGGGGACAGCAGCAGUGCACAGCAGCAACUGAAGCAAGUGCGACAAAUCCGAGCUUCUGCGGGGGCCUUUGCUGCAAUUUUAGCUGAUGGAUCAGUGGUGACGUGGGGCCAUCCCGUUUACGGAGCUGAUAGCCGAGGCGUCCGAGAUCAGCUGAUCGACGUGAAAGACAUCGAGGCGACGGGGUCGGCUUUCGCUGCCCUUUUGGCCAACGGAUCUGUGGUCACCUGGGGGCAAGCAGCUUCAGGAGGAGAUAGCAGCAGUGUUCAAGCUCAGCUUCAAGGUGUGCAAGAACUUCGAGCGACCCUCGGUGCCUUUGUUGCCAUCCUGGAGAGCAGCCGGAACCUGGUCGCGUGGGGAAUUCCAGAGCGAGGAGGCGCACCGCGCAACGAGGUGCAGGAGCUGAAGGAUGUGCAGGAGCAUUGGAACCGCUGGGCCGUCGACAGUGCGCCCUCCGAAGCUGCGGAGGACCCCUGGGGAGGCUUCUUGCAGGCUGAUGCAGAGACCCACAGGCCAAAGGGCAAGAAGGGCAAAGGCAAGGGGCCGCCGCAUAGUGGCAAGGCACCCAAAGCCACCUCUUCCGCGCCGAAGGUUCAGCAUGUGCGCCGCAACAGCGGGAUUUCAGAGCUCAAAGCAAGGGUGGAGGCCGAGGGGCAGAGGAAGGAUCGUGAAGAGGCCAAGGAGAUCUCGGAUCUAGACCUCUCACAGUACCUCGGAACCAGCAGAGAUCCAGCAGGCCACAGGAGGGCGCAGCCGAAUCCAACGGAUGUGUGUGUUUUUUUCUUUUUUUUGAAGGCAUUUGGCCUGGAGUCUGGAGGCGACCUUCAGAAGUACCUGAAAAAACAUGUGGGUGGGUACUGUCAUCAUUUUUAG